AUGGAAAAGAAAUUCAAAUGUCAAAAUCCAAGAUUCUUUGACCUCAAUCACCCAAAUACGUCUGAAAUUUGUCAUCCAUACAUACAGUCUGCUAAAUCCAGUUUCUUUGUCAGAAGAUACAUGCAGAAAGACGGUGAUGUAAUCGACUGGGGGAUGUUUCAGAAACAUGGAACAUCUACCAGAAAUCAGAAUUUCGAUCCCAACACAACAUACGGCAGAGCACUGGUGUGCAACGCUAAAGACGAGGCAUUGCAGGUUAUUAGAGAUGAACAACCCAGAGACUUUCUCUUACAGCAUCACAACAUCAACUUCAACCUGGAUAGAGUCUAUGAAAUACCUACAGCUCCAUGGGUAUGUCCAUUCCCGUUAUCAAGCUUCACUAAUGUACUAGAAGACCUGCAAGAAUGGGCAGAUUCAUACUUUGGUAUACAAGCCGCUGCACGGCCGGUGAGACCAAAGUCAGUAAUCAUAGAAGGAUAUAAAGAUUUUGAGAAUUGGGUUCACUCCCAAAAUCCUCUCCCGGAGGCGAAGCCAUGGCGAUUUCAAAACUCCGGUGAUAAUCUACAUCUAUCACCGUUCUGA